CGCACGCAGCCGAGUCUUUUUCUUUCUUUGGUUUUAAUUGCCGCAAUGUCAUUCAUGAUGAGUCAGUGAAUCGCAGAGGUGUCUGUGGGGCUGGUAAGCGCGUGUCCACGGUCCCCGCACCCACGGAGGGGGGGAGGAGGAGGAGGAGGGGGGGUGGUUGGAUGUAAAUGCACCACAGUGGUCAGCCGCCUGCCACACCCUUCAGAGUAAACAAAGACAGGCACAAACUGAGCCGCCGUCCCCUGGGCGAUGGAUGUGGAAGUUCGGGGCUCGGAAAAACGAAUGUGGUGGCAUUCCCGGGCGCAUCAGAAGCCGAGCCUAAUGUUGUAAAUUGCACUAAAUUGGCCCGUGCUUUUAGAUGAGAGGUUAUUUCCAACACCGCCCCCUCACUUUUACGCACACAUGCGCAGGACACUCCUCGCAUACUCGCACACAAACGCUCCCAAAUCUGCCCCCUUUGUCUCGGUCGCCACACGGCGGUAACCCCGAAACAGGAAUUCAGCAUGGCGAGGAUGAGGAGCGCGUAUGUGUGUGGACCAGACAGUCUCCUCCCCCCAUCAUAAUCGCACACACCACAACUCUCUCCUCCCCCUGUAACUCCCCCUCCUCCUCCUCCUCCUCCUCCUCCACACCCCUUGCUCUCGCCCCCCAUGCCUUUGUGUGUAUAUGUGUGUGUGUGUAUUUGCGCGACGAGGAGCCGACUGCGUACCCGAAAACCGUGAGACGGAUGCAUUUUUAAGCAGGUUUCUUUUGAAGUAUUUAUCGAUGUUAACAAUUGUAUGUUGGGGAGAAGAAGCAGAGCUGCAGGUGCAAAUAAAGGGGAGGAACCCGGUGGACGCACGUGAACCCCCCCUCCACUUAUCCAGAAAGGAGAGGAACGCGUUACCAGCAAGUGCGGCAAAUUGGACUUUCCACCAUCAGCAACCCUCCUCUCCCUCUCCCUCUCCUCUCUCCUGCCUCCUCUCUCUCCAUCCCUGCUCCUUCUCUGCUGGUCUCAUCACUUACUCUCAUCAUUCUCUCCGGUCUCCUUCCGUGGACCCAGAAUAGCCACACGCCGGAGCGCUCUCUCUCUCAGUCAGUACCGGUGGAGAGGUUCUUUUUUUUCUCUCUCUCUCUCUUUGGAUUUCGGGGGUGACUCGUGAGAAUUUGGAGAUGGAUUAAAGGGGACGGUGCACCGCAAAACUGGAGCAGCACGCACGAGCACGCCGGGGGGCAAGGGGGCGACGGGACUCGGUGAAUUCACGCAGCCCCCGGGACAGAGGCUGUGACUGGUCCCAUCCCAAGAUGACUUCCCCCAAAAACAAAGGAAAGAAGAAACCACCCAAAGACAGCAUGACGCUUCUGCCGUGCUUUUAUUUUGUAGAGCUCCCCAUCGUCCUGUCCUCCUUGGUGUCCCUGUACUUCCUGGAGCUGACAGAUGUUCUGUCCCCGGCAGUGGUCGGCUUCCGCUGCCAUGACCGUGACCUCUCCAUGCCAUACGUGGAGACGGGCGAUGAGCUCAUACCUCUGCUGAUGCUGCUGAGUUUGGCCUUCGCCGGACCCGCGGCUUCCAUAAUGAUGGGGGAGGGCCUUAUGUACUGCAUGCAGUCCAAGCUGAAGACGUGCCCCAAGUCGGAGGGCAGCAUAAACGCUGGAGGCUGCAGCUUCAACUCCUUCCUACGCAGGACCGUGCGCUUCGUCGGUGUUCAUGUGUUCGGUCUCCUGGCAACAGCCCUGGUGACAGAUGUCAUCCAGUUAGCCACCGGUUACCACACCCCUUUCUUCCUCACCGUCUGCCAGCCCAAUUACACGGUGCCGGGAGUAUCAUGUGACAACAAUGCCUACGUCACGCAGGACAUCUGCAUGGGCAAAGACCUGUAUGCCAUUAUGUCAGCCAGGAAAACAUUUCCAUCCCAGCAUGCGACACUCUCUGGCUUCGCCGCUGUAUAUAUCUCUAUGUAUUUCAAUGCCAGCAUCAACAGCACGACCAAGCUGCUGAAGCCACUGCUGGUCUUUGCCUUCUGCAUGGCGGCGGGCCUCGCUGGCCUGACGCAGAUAACUCAACACCGCAGUCAUCCAAUAGAUGUCUACGUGGGAUACCUCAUAGGAGCCGGCAUUGGAGUCUACCUGGCUGUGUACGCGGUUGGAAACUUCAAAGCGUCGGAGGAAGAUGCCCCCUCUUUACAGAGGCUGGCAACAUCGCAGCAGAAGGACGGCCUGAGAGUGUUAAGCCAGAGGAGCCAUGACUCCCUGUACAGGAAGACUCCCAGGGUUUCUGAGAGCAGGGAGGAGCUGGGGGCUGGGCUGGGGUCCGGAGCCCGCAGUAAGGUGAGGAGGGAGAAGGCAUCCCUGGCCUCCCUCAAACGAGCAAGCGCUGAUGUGGAGCUCCUGGCAACUCGUGGCCCCAUGGGCAAGGAAACCAUGGUAACCUUCAGUAACACCUUACCCCGGGUCGCAAACGGCAACAGCCCCAUCUCCCCCUCGGAGGAGCCCGUCGCCACGCAGCGCCACAUGACCUUCCACGUGCCCUUCGACCCCCAGAGGUCCCGGCAGCUGGUGUCCGAGUGGAAGCAGCGCUCGCUGGAGCUGCGCAGCCAGAGCUCGCGAGACGAGGAGGAGGACGGCAGAGACGGAGGAGGUGAAGGCGCCGCGGGAGAAGCCGGCGAGCAGGGCAUGCCUUCGUCUCUUUAUCCCACGGUGCAGGCCAACAACGCCGCCGCCGCGCCAACGGGAGCCAGGAUGGCGGUGGCGCCCCCGCUCGUCCACAUCCCCGAGGAGGCCUCCCGGCCGCCGCCCGUCUCCCCGAAGAGCGCCAAGACCCGCGCGAAGUGGCUGUCACUCACGGAGGGGGGAUCGGUCAAGGAGCCUGGGACGGGGCCCAUCGCGGUGUCGACUCCCCGCGUGCCCAACACGCAGCCCGGCCAGCCCCCCAGCCAGCAGAGAGUCACGCAGGUCAUAGCCAUGUCGAAGCAGCAGGGCCACGGAGCGGUCGCUUCCUCCACCAAGACCUCGGAGGGCGGCUCCUCCUCCGGCGGUGGCUCCAACUGCUCCGAGUCGCCGUAUUACCGGAUCCCGUCUGACCGGGACAGCUGCACGAGGAGCAACCCGGGAAGCAUCGCCGGCAGCGGGAGCAUCGUCACGAUCGACGCCCACGCCCCUCACCACCCGGUGGUGCGCGUGUCGGCCAGCAACGGCAAGCCGUGGGAGUGGAGGAACACCAUCAGUGGUAACAUGAUGACUUCCGACCCGACGGGUGACAAACACCGCGCGUCGCUGCAGCGCCAGGACAACGUCAGCCACUACAGGGAUUACCGGACGCUCCCAGUGAAAACAGACUCUCUUUGCUCCUCCUCCGCCAGCGGCAGUGCUGAAGGGGCACCGGAGCUCCCUCCUCCGCCUCUCCCCACCUCCUCCUCCCCUCUGCCCCCUCCACCCCAGCUGCUGUCCUCCCCUCUUCCUCCACCGCCCCCUCAUUCGUCCUCCUCCCCAUUACCUCCCCCUCCGCACUCAAGCUCCUCUCCGAUGCCUUUCCCGCCGCUUCCUCACCACGCCCCCUCUCACAUGCCCCCGCCUCCACACCCGUCCACUCAGAUGUCCCCGCCGCCCCUCCCGGCGUCCUCUCAGAUGCCUCCGCCUCCUCACCCGUCUUCCUCGCAAAUGCCCCUACCUCCGCACCCGCCGUCUUCUCCUCCCCCUCCUCCUCCUCCCCUCCAUCCUCCCCCGCUGCCUCCUCACCCGUCGUGCUCAAGCAUGCUCCCGCCGCCUCCCCACCCUGACUUACUGAUAGACGGCCACAACCAGGCGCUGUCCCGCUCCUCCACCCUGCCCCGACGACCGUCCGGAUCCGCCCGCAGCCACGCCGAGCAGGAGCACUACUACAAGACCAUGCAGAAUGAGAGGAUGUUAUAGUAAAAAAGGGGAAGACGGCGAACAUUUCAGUAACAUCAGAGACCGUGCUUGAGAAUACUCGGCUGAAAGAGGCGAAAGGGCCGAAACUGAAAGAGAGAGUAGGUUGUGACAGGCGGAUAGAGAUUUGUGACUUUUGUAUUAUGAGGAAAAAUCUUGAGAGACUCUGAAUCCAGCAGGGGUCGAGGACUCCGCGAAGGUCUGGCAGCUUUCAAACUCGGCGAGGGACCUGUUUUUAUUUCCCCUGCUCACGUAUACUGCCCACUGAGGCGGCCCUGACUGGAAAAAAGAAAAGACGAGAAGAAUAGCGACUCGAAUAGAGUGAAAAAUAAGAUUUUUUAAGAAUUAAAUAAAUAAAUAGCUCAUCUUCGAUGUUCUGUGUGUUUCUUCAGCACACAUUCAGAGAAGGAACUGAGGAGGCUGUAGCUGAAAGAGAGAUAUCACAAUGAACGGUCUGGGAUUUGCUAAAUCAAGCUUCCCCUUGAGAGCGGGGAUAAGGCUGAGAAAACAAAACAACUACAGGCAAUACUAGCUCUCCUUAUACCCUCGCAGCCGUUUGAGGUUGCCAGCGAUUACACACAGAAAAUCUGCUCUUGCAACCAGCUGAACAACCCUUCCACCGAAGAACCCAACGGCCACGAGUACAGGAUGCAGCUACUGUACGUCGGCUGCAGGUUCAAGAGUAUUAGCCACAGCUCCAGAAAGCAUGAGUGUUUGUACCCACUCUGAAUAAACAAACCAAACGGGGAAGCAAAUGUGUCUGCAUCCACCAGAGAGAGGCGGCUUUGGAAAGCGAGAAGGAAGGUUGGAUAUAAGGAGGAUCAUGCACAGUUGGGCACCCUUAUACAGACGUCACCCAACGGAUUACUGCUGUAAACAUGAGAGGCGGUGGAACGGAAAGGGAAUUGUUCUAAAGAGAGGAGGGUGGCCGGGCAGAGCAGAGCCAGGCAGACGGUCUCUCUUUGCUGUGUACGAAGCCGUGCAAUCGAACGGAGAAUGAAGCUACACUAAGGAGAUUAACGUUUGUUUAUCAAACCAUGCUAACACGCUCUACGCUUUCGGGCCCUCGGAAAAUCACAAUAGUGACAGGAAUGUUAAUAGAAAGCUGCCCGGCCACCAUCUAUUGCCUAAAGCGGGUGAAACUAACGGGCUUUGUAGGUCAGCAAUCUUGAGUUGUCAGCUUGUAAAAAAAAAAUGUACUUCGUUAGAGUGCAGCCGUGUUUUAUUGAUUAAGCUAUUGUAUCUGGUUUAUAAAAGGAAGACCCGAAUCUGUUUAUUUACAACUUAGUAAUAUUUACAACUCCAGGUUCUAUCAGUCAAAUUGCAAUACCAAUUUAACCUUGAUAUGACGUCUUGAGAGAUUGACAGUCUAUUACUGAUCAACCCUUUAUUAACUAUGCCUUAUUUAGGAAGUGUUUGUAAGAUUUUUUAAUUGCUUUUUUUUUUUUUUUUUUUUUUUUUACAUAAAAUUCAUUCCCAGUUUCAUGAACGGCCUACUAAAACCCCUACUGGACAGCAGGACCCUAGUCACACAAGUUUCAGAUGGGCUACACCCACGAAUGUUCCUGUUCACACCCAUAUGCCACAUAAGUCUUUUGGAACUGAAGAAGCUGCUUAGUUCAAUGGCAAAACGUCUUCAAAGAAUGCUACAAGUCCAGUUUCCCUUGUUCUAGCUUUUUGUUUUAAUCACAGUUCACUUGCUCAGUUUUCUGGAGCUUUUAACGAUGAACGGUUCAUGAACAUACGAAAACUGUUCAUGAUGUCACAGCCAUUGCUUGUUAACUCCUUGACUUGAGCUUGGGCGGGAGCGUAACACAGAGGCAGACAGUCGGCAACCUUUGACAGCAAACAAAUUCUCUGAUUAGGCAUAACUUAAAGCCUUGAUGUAAAUGCAGCAACCCCAUGGUACAAUUUUAUUGUUGUGAAGUUGGACAUUUUAACAUGAAGGUCCACGGGGAUUGACCAGAAAAUGUAUAAAAAUUGGAUAAAGAGUCUCUAUUUCCUUCCAUUGUUCAGCCCAUCCACUAACGUGCAGGUGGUGGAGCUAUACUAGACUACUCGGGGGAGCUCCACAAGCUUUAGCUUCACUUUUGAGGAGCUAUCAUGGUGUCCAUUUUUUAUGCAAUCUGCUGGAAUAAUUGGCCUCAAGUGGCCAUUUCAGGAACAGCGGGGUUUUUUUUUAGCUCUUUGCAUUUGCUUCAUUUUUUCAUUGCCAAGGGUUGCAGCUUGUUUGUAACCCACAUCACGUGAUCAUCAAAAAUUUUCGUUUUGUCAGUUUCCACAAACAAACUAUGGCUCAUGUUUCUUGUUCCAACUAAUGCAGAAUAAAAAUUGAUAGUUCUACAAGUAGUUAGGCCCAUUUUCUUGUUAACGAAUUAAACUGCCCUGUGCUCAGACAAGACUAUGCUGAUGUUACUCAACUGUCCAUCACUGCAUAAAGCCCACCCAAGCCAUUUGAUUGGCUCAACAGAAAAGCUCCAGUACAAGUGAAUAAGUGGACCAAGACUAAAGAUCCAUAUGUAAAAGGCUGUUUCCAGGUUAAACCAGAAGUUGUAUCU